AUGCCCUCCAAGUCGCGAGAACAUCAUCGACCGCGAGAUCGAGACCGGGCUUCUGACGACCAGAGCAGUGAGGGAACUGAAGGAACCGCCAAACCGUCACGCUCCUCUUCAUCGCGGGCUCGAGAGAAAGAACGUCACAGUCGAACAACUCAUGGUUCUUCACACAGUACAAGCAAGAAGACUAGGCCCAGAUCUGAUAAAGAUAGGCUGAAGGACGGAGCUGGCCGCUCACCAAACUCAUCCACAUCGAGCUUAAGGAUUAAGAAACACCCGUCUGUCGCCCUUAUGUCUGAAACCAACGAAUCGAAGGUGUCUACGCCCUACCCGAGCUUCUCAAAGGCACAUAGCAAGGAGGCCGUUGGGAGUCGGGAUAACCUAGGGGUACGACUAAAUAUAUUGACCCCCGAACCUACAGACUUGACAUCUACAGAAGCCAAGAAGGAUGAGCAAAAGCCGAGUUCCACGGACGAGGACAAGACGCAGAGCAAGAGACACAGUCAGGCUACUCGACCACCAAGCCCUCCUCUCACAAAUGAUGAUACAGAGCUCCCCCGGCAAAAAAGCACGCCGUCCAAUGAUGGCCGCCGGUCAGAGGAGAAGGAAACCCAGAGCAAGGCUUCAGGAGAACCAAAGAAGCAUAAGUCGUCAAGGAACCAUUCUGCCAGGUCCUCCAACACCGGAAUGUAUAAGAAGCUAAGUGACCAAACGCUGAGAACCAGUACGAAGGCCCGAUCCAGUACCCCAACCAAAUUGAAAAUUUUUGAGGCCCUUCAGUUUUCUCACAGAUCCUCUACCACUUCAGCGCACCGAAAAUCCGGGAAAUCGUCCCAGAACCGAAAGUCAGCAUCACCUAUCGAUGUUCUAUCCGAUAACGAGACAAUUGCAGAAACAGUAGACUCGGAUGCUACAUCGAUCGCUCCUGUACAAGUGAAGACCACUGAACAACUACCCAAACUACGAAACCGCCCUCGUGCAUCUAGACCUCCCUCACACGCAUCCCCAUCGCCACGCCCGGAGCUAUUGGUACAGGAGGCGUUAAGAGACCCAUCCGCUGCCUCUCCGCCUCCACCACCUCCCCCACCCCCACCCCCUCCAGAAAUACCGCUGUCGAGACCCAGAGUUGACUAUCUGCUCCAAAAUGGCGGCCUGGGUUAUCACGUACCCCGGAACUUCCUUGGAGCGGGAGAAUCAGCUAACAUGCCACAACACCUUUUUGAGCCUGCCAAUACAGGAAUGAAGCUAUUUGAACCAUUUUCCAAGUUAUUAGGUGAUUAUAGUCGAGUGAUAGAAAAGAAUGGUUCGAUAGCAGUGGCUACGGGAUACAGAUCCGUGGCAAGGCGGUUAUUGGACAGACUGGAAUCUGUGUUUGCUCGAGAUAUUUCGUCAGAGUCCUGCGAGUGCCCUAUGUGCUGCGGCAAGGAGGAGCAAGAUGGACAAGCUGGAGUUAGCUGGGGUGAGGUCUUGGAACUCGUUUCGGGUCGAAGCGACUUACCAACGUGGCCACCAUUCCGUAUGCAACCAGAGCUUGACCAAACUGCUUUUGAAAGCUCACAGGAACACAUACCUAUGCAAAAGCUUGACAUUGACGUCCCUGAGGAAUAUCGAGACCAUUAUAUCAGACAGUCGCGUAAAACAAAACAGGCUGUGGAUAAAUGGCUUUCUCGCCAGCCUGACCAACCAGCUGAACCUCCUGGAGACGUUGAUGAUGAGACUCUUACAUUCGCUAUUCUAACUUACCUGGAUCCAGAACAAAGAGCCCCCUUUGCAGCACUACUAGAGUUCCCACUAGGCCCAGCCGUUCCUAAGAAAGAGACGCCAAAGCCCCCAGAUAGACCUCCUUGUCUGGUUUUAGGGGCUGUUGCAAUCUACCGCCUAUACAGACUGCAGACCCCACCCCGUGACCCAGAGACGGCCUUAUACAUGGUGAAGCACCCCGAAAUGCACAAUGUCCUAGCAACGUUAGCAGCUAUCAGCGACGACGAGUGGGACAUACUCAUAUCUGGCCGUUUUGAUGGGUUUCUGAGGAGUGGAGCAGAGGACAGCUCUGUCCCAACAUCUGCCACAGAGCCUCCCUUUGACCCCCACACAAGCCUCCCAAGAGAUGGCAACCAGACUAUGCGCUCCGCCAGCCAGCCUCGUGCAGGUGCUCCCAUCAGCACCGCGACCGGAUCGUAUGGUGCUCCUAUUUCUAUUGACGAAGAAACGGAAAUUGCCGCGUUGGCGGAAGUGGAGAGGGACAUCUUCCUUGGCAUGGAGGCUCUUGAAGAUGCCUUUGAGAUACUCCAUGGGAAGGCGGAAAUGGUCCGGCGCGCUUUACGCGAACGAGGUGCUGGGCUUACGGCCGCAAGCCAGGCAAGAAGAGGCAGCAGGUCCAAUAUCCAGAUACUAGCGGGCACGCCUGUGCCGAUGGGAGGGAGCGGGACACCGGCCGAGUUUGAGAGCGGCACGGACGAAGAUGUCGACGACGGCGCGUCGAUUGCUCCCUCAGAGUCUGCGAGCAACAUUAGUUCGAACAGAAGGCGAAGGCCUAAACGCCGUACCGAACGGAGAACGCCUGCACCUGUCGAGGAAGAGUCCGAGGAAUACAACGAGUAUGUUGUUCCUAUACGGCAAGGGAAGUGA